AUGCCCGUUAUUCAGAUAACGGACCAAGAUAGUUUUACCAAUUACACCACUGUGGAAGCUGGUUUAAAGCUUAUUGCACUUUAUUUCCAGACGUCAUGGGCGGCGCCAUGCAAAGCUAUGAAUGAAGUGUUCAAGGCACUGAGUGACGAGCCUAGUAACCACGACGUUCUGUUUCUGUCUAUAGAUGCGGACGAGAAUUCUGAAAUUGCUGAUCUAUUUGACGUUUCAGCUGUCCCAUACUUCAUUUUGCUACAAAACGGUACAAUCUUAAAGGAACUUUCCGGUGCAGAUCCAAAAAUAUUUGUCAAUGCGUUGAAUGACUAUAAGAAAACCAAUGGCUCUGAUAAAGCCCCAGGUGAAGAUGGCGAUGAUAGGGAAGAAGGGGAAGAUGAAGAUGAAGAUGAAGAUGAGGAGGAAGAGGAAGAAACAGAAGAAGAAUUGAAUGAAAGAUUGACCAAACUAACACGCGCUGCUCCAGUAAUGCUUUUCAUGAAAGGCAGUCCAUCUGAACCAAAAUGUGGUUUCUCUAGACAAAUGGUGGGUAUCUUGAGAGAACACCAAGUGAGAUUCGGAUUCUUCGAUAUAUUGAAGGAUACUACGGUGAGAGAAGGAUUAAAAAAAUUCUCCGAUUGGCCAACAUUUCCUCAAUUGUAUGUUAAUGGUGAAUUUCAAGGUGGUCUAGAUAUUAUCAAAGAGUCUCUUGAGGAGGAUCCAGAGACGUUCUUACAUACCUUACAUAACAAUCAAAUAUAG